AUGGCCCCAAUAGGCUCCGGGGGCCCAGCUGCUGGCCCCUGUGCGGCCGCAGGCACCUGCGGAGACGCGCCCAAGUCCGCCCCUCCGACCCGCGCGCUCCGGCAGUCGAGCGCGCGCCGUUCCCGCUGCGGCGCCGAACCGCGCCCGCGAGGCCCCUGCCCGAAUCCUCUCAGAUAUCCUGCGGCCGCCGGCUGCCCUCAUCACCUCCCCAUCGCUGCAAGGCCGAGAAGGACGCGAAACUCGCUCGCCCGCGGGGUCCGAGCCCGCGCCGCCGCAGAGCCCCAGCCAAGAACGGGCGGGGACUGCGGGAGGCGCGAGUGUGGGUUCCGCGGAGCGCGCCCGGCUCGGCGGGGCAGAGUCUCUGGAAAGGACCCGACGCUCCGGCGGCCCUCGGUGGGCGCCAGGGCUCCGCAGUGUCAGGGCGCAGGAGAUGCCGGCUCCCAGGGCCCAGGUAUACCCGGUGGGGCGCACGGAGGCCCUGGGCUGGAGCUGCGCACUCCGCGCCCUCCUCCCGGCAGCCGACACGCAAACCAAAGUUUUCCUAACUGCAGCCCGCACAGCCGGCGCCGCACACUGACCUGCGACGCGCUGUUUAGUCGGCGGGGCGCCUCCCGCCUUCCCGGUUCCGCUCCGACCCUUCGCGCCGGUGGACCCAGGGCGCCGUCCGGGCUGGGAUGUUGUCUCCGCUGGCUGCACCGCCGCUCGAGUCGCAGAUCCUGUUAGACUACAUUUCCCAGGCUUCUUGCAGUUGGAUGUGGUUAUAUGACAAAGUUUUGGUCAGUGGAAUGUGGAAGAAAGUCACGUGUAACCAGUUCCUGGACUGCCCUCCCGGCCAGACCUCCCAC